UGAGAUUGAGUGAAUCCUCGGUUGAGUAAGGUUGCAGAUAAGCCGCCACGUCUUCACUGUCAGUCCCCAUAAUUUUCAUAACGUUCUCUAGCUGAAGCUUUCAGGGAAGUUGAGCUGUUAAGUCAGCUUGCAUUAUUUGCUGAGUGCUUGAAUUUAAAGGAAGCCCAAGUAUGGAUUCGAAAUCAAUCCCCACAAUGACCGGCAGCUUGUUCUAACGUCCAAGCUUAUCCUGAUGCGGUGCAACGACUGACUGCAGACAGACGUUAUUAAACUUGCUACCAGCUUCGCAGCGACGUCAAACUUGUCUCGCACUUCUGCUUCAUAGCUCAAUCACGUCAUUGCUGGUGGUUCGAGAUAGCAUCGUUGCUCACAUGUAACUCAACAUCCUGCAUGUUGUGCGGCUGCUAGAAGCCCUUCUGAAGCUUUCUGUUGCGCGCAGCUUAUGCUACCUUGGUCCAGAGACAUGAAUUAAGGGAUAAACUUCUGCUCCUGUGUUUGGGUGGGUGGUAAAGAUCACGCACAGGCAGAGGGCCCAUAUAAUAUUUGCCUCCUCAAUGGACGAUUCACACAAUUGCUCAACAAUUUGAGACAGAAGUUCAUGACAUUUGUGCAUCCAUGUUCAUGGCUACCUCGCAAAUCUCACGGGAGCUACCCCGGAAAGUCUUCCUGAAUCUCAAUGAACUAUCUUCUCUUUCCGCGCAGCCUCCUCGCCCUCCCACAACGCGAUACUACUACAGCAACGUGGUGGCCAAAAACAUCAGCUACAUCUACCGAGUCGUCAAGGAAGGAGACAAGUUCGUCUGCUCUCCUGAGGCCGGGGGAUGGCCACGGCUCAUACUCGCCAGUUCCGUAGAGAUUCAGCAGAAUUUCAAGCUUUUGGUGGAUGACGACGUUGUGAGCAAGAAGUUUGAUCCUCGACAACAACCUGGGCAGGUGCGUUUCCCGGACCUGGAGGAGUUGCGGCUGGAAUGGCAAGUAGGAUCCGAUGUUUACUUCCGCUACUGCGAUGUCAUGACUCCAGGAAAAGUGGCUGGAAGGUUCAUUUGGAGGCAACAUGGAAGCUCAAAGAAGCUACGCUUGGUGCUGUUGCUGCAAUUGCCAACAAAUGAACUCAUCUUGAGCAGCCAGGUGACGGACCUGGUAGCAUCAGACCGGUCGGUUAACAAGGAGGAGGUGUACAUCCAGGGCAUAAGUCUAAUCAGCGUUGUGGCAGCCCUAAUUGCGAAUGUAGCCUACAUGGCGAGCGUGAGCCCAAUCCGCGGCAACGACGUGAGCCGGCACGGCGUCGCGGUGGCGUCUUACUUCGCCGUCCCAAAGGUCUUCCUCUUCUUCAACGCCUUCGCCUUUUACGCCUCCGUGUUGGCGGUGGUCCUAAUGGCGGCGUUCAUCCCCAUCUACGGCACGGCAGGCGAGUGGGGCGCCAUCUUCCUCUCGGGCUCCGCUCCUGUGGUGCUCAGCCUGGUAGCGUUCUACGUCGCGUACAUGGUGAGUGCGUGGGCGGUACUUGAUUCCUGGGGUACUUCGCUUGGAAUCACACUAGUAGGGGUCCUGAUGGUGGUGUACAUGCGCUUCUGGGCCACUGAGCUGAUGCACGGAAACAUAGACACGGAUCUCAAGGUCGCGCCGAGGUCCAGCCCCUGGGACUGGUACAACAGCCGCUUAGAAUCAGGAACCGAGAUCGUCCCAGUGCCUCCGGCAUCGCACUCGUGCUUCACAUGGCACCGAUUAUCACAACCAGUGUCAUGCGCCAUCUCGAAGAUUCGGCAGUUCGUGUCGAGUCCCACCAUUUGGCAGGUAUCAGUGCUCAGCACGGUGCCGGAGAGCCAGAAAUCGCGCAACAGACGGCAAACCCUGCUUAUGCAUCUAGAGAACACUCGCUAGAUCGUCGCCUGAUACAUUCACCAUUUCCAAAUCGAAAUAGUGCUAAUUUUUUCAUUGCAAUUCGGUGCUGGCAAUUGCAUGCUCACAGUGAGGUCGUGGACUUCCGUAUCCACUUGCUCGGUGCAGGCAAACCAUUAGGUACUUCACCUCUUAAUGCUGCCUUGAUAUUAGCAAGCUGAAUCUUCGCACCCUAAUCUCUGCAGUUUUACCUCGCAAAGCAUCGCUUAACUCUCAUUAAUCCUCACCCAGUUAGUGCAUAAGGAUGAGUGAUAAAGUUUAAUCCAGCGAUUAGUGAACAUGAAGAUUAGCACUGAAGAUUAAGAGUGUUAGAAUUGACCUAGUUGUUUGUAUGCCGGGAAAGGACCAUAAAGCCACUGAAAAUAUUCCAGGAUCAUAAAGAAUUGGCCAUUUAUUGUCUUUAUUUAUGGAUGGUAGUUUCCGACGUGGCUUACAGAUGUGUUAAUGAGUGAACUAAAAUCAAACAUACUGCUGUGAGUUGGUCAUGUUUCUGUUUGAAGAAGUGAAAUUUGAGCAAGUGGAUUGUGUUAUGACUUA